ACUGAGUACGCCAGUACUUCGCUUUUCGGAAUAACCCCUCCACCGUCGGUAGCUGUCUCUUCUGUUCCGGGCCACCACACGGCCUACAUGGUUACACUGCCCUCUUCUGUCGUUGCGCGGCGCCUCAUGUUGCCUGACGACCCUGGUCUCCUUUUGCCCAUCAGCCAGGCCUGCUUCGCCUCUGGCGCUGCCGCCAUUUCUGCCGGGACUCGAAGUACACACCUUCAAGCCGCGAGUGGAUUCGGUAGCCUGACCAAUGAUGGCCUUACCACCACACCGGCCUCUGUAGCCAUGGCACUUUCGCCCUCACCCUCUUCGUCUUGCUCCUCCCCCUCCUCCUGCUCCUCUUCAUCCUCCGCCGCCGCCGCUGCAGCCGCCGUCAUCGUCUCUUCUGCCUCAGCGACAACUUCGGCCGCUACAGCAGCAAACAAUUCGGCCGAACAAGCUCUGUUGGCCGGGACGGCUGAAGAGGUCGGACAAUGCCUCGGCCUCGGGCUGGGCCAUCCGCCCAUUGGUGGUCUCUCAGGGCCUCUGAUCUCGAGUGCCCAAUACCAAAGCAUGCUGGCAACCCCGGAGAAUGGGGUACAUGCAGCCGGACUCAGUCCUUAUCAUCUCUACCAGCCGACGGGUCAACUCGGCGGCUUUUCUGAAAGUCAAGCUGCUCAGCUCGUGUGGGCAGAGGCCAAUGGACUCUCGGUGAGAAAGGAACACUUGCUGUUGCUGAGGCUGUUUAGUUGCUGA